AUGAGUACAGUCAUUCAGCCGCCUACUUUUGCGAGGACUGCUAGCUUUCGUACUCUGGAAAGAGAAGAGCGGUUUGCGAACCCACCCAAAGAUAAAUCAGCCUACCCACUACUUCAGGAAGCCGUGCAACCACAUAUCGGAUCAUUCAAUGCGCUUACCGAGGGCCCGGAAGGUGGGCUGCUAAAUCAGGCGAUGAAGGACAUCGGAGGAAAAGUCAUCUUCGAUGGAGCCAAGUCCGACGAAAACCCUGAAUAUCUGGGCAACAAGCUCACGCUAAGUGUCGAACAGGCCUCCAUAUCUAAGCCCAUGUCGAAUGAUGGUGUUUCGUCUGCCGUCGAACGCAAAGUGUUCCCUGCCGAGGCCAGACAAAGGCUCUCGUCUUACAGAGGCAAGCUACUCCUGAAAUUGAAGUGGUCUAUCAAUGAUGGCGAAGAGAUCUUUACGGAAAUCAAAGACUGCGGUGGCCUUCCCUUGAUGUUACAAUCCAACCGUUGUCAUUUGAACAACAUGUCUCCAUUCGACUUAGUUCAACAUAAGGAAGAAAGUGACGAACUCGGGGGCUACUUCAUCGUCAACGGUAUUGAAAAGCUUAUCAGAAUGUUGAUCGUACAGCGCAGAAACCAUCCAAUGGCCAUCAUCAGACCCUCUUUCGCCAACAGAGGUGCUUCCUAUUCCCAGUACGGUAUCCAAAUUAGAUCAGUGAGACCAGAUCAGACAUCGCAAACCAACGUCCUACACUACCUCAAUGACGGUGAAGUAACCUUCAGGUUUUCGUGGAGAAAGAAUGAGUAUCUGAUACCGGUCGUGAUGAUCCUGAAAGCACUAUGUGAAAUGAAUGACAGAGAGGUCUUCGACGGUAUAGUUGGCUCUGACACGUCUAACUCUUUCUUGACGGAUCGUUUAGAACUGCUAUUACGUGGCCACAAGAAAAAGUACGGCCAGCUACAGAACCGCCGUCAAAUUUUGCAGUAUCUUGGUGACAAAUUUCGGGUCGUACUCCAAGCGGCACCUGAUGCAACCGAUUACCAAGUCGGUCAGGAACUUUUGAGACGUAUUGUGCUUGUGCAUUUGGGCGAAGAAAACGAGGACAAAUCUCGGAUGUUGCUCUUUAUGAUUAGAAAACUAUACUCCUUGGUUGCAGGGGAAUGUUCUCCCGACAAUCCAGACGCCACACAACAUCAGGAAGUUUUGUUGGGCGGUUUCCUUUAUGGUAUGAUCAUCAAGGAAAAGGUUGAGGAGUACUUGCAAAAUAUCAGACUUCAAAUUCAGUCAGACGUAGGUCGUGGUCUAGCGGUCAGUUUUAAAGACCGCAAGUAUAUGUCCAGAGUACUUUUGAGGGUGAAUGAGAACAUAGGUGCUAAAUUGCAGUACUUUUUGUCAACUGGUAAUCUGGUGUCGCAGUCAGGUCUCGACUUGCAACAAGUUUCAGGUUAUACCGUUGUUGCAGAAAAGAUUAACUUUUACCGUUUCAUAUCCCAUUUCCGAAUGGUUCACAGAGGCUCUUUUUUCGCCCAAUUGAAGACAACUACUGUCAGAAAGCUACUACCCGAGUCCUGGGGUUUCUUAUGCCCUGUUCACACACCGGAUGGUUCUCCAUGCGGUUUAUUGAACCAUUUUGCUCACAAGUGUAGAAUUUCCACAACUCAGACAGACGUCUCCCGUAUUCCUUCGCUCUUGUUCUCCCUGGGUGUUGCCCCUGCCUCUCAUACCUUUGCUGCUGGCCCUUCAUUGUGCUGCGUUCAAGUGGAUGGGAAAAUCAUCGGAUGGUGUUCCCACGAGCAGGGUAAAAUCAUUGCGGAUACCUUGAGAUUUUGGAAAGUAGAGGGAGUAACUCCAGGCUUACCAUUAGACCUGGAAAUUGGUUACGUACCUCCCUCCUCGGGAGGUCAGUAUCCUGGUCUUUACCUAUUUGGUGGCCAUUCAAGAAUGAUGCGUCCCGUUAAGUACCUUCCUCUCGGGAAAGAAGACAUUGUUGGUCCUUUCGAACAAGUUUACAUGAAUAUUGCAGUUACUCCCCAAGAAAUUGGAAAUAACAUUCAUACUCACGUCGAGUUCACACCAACUAACAUACUGUCCAUUUUGGCUAACUUGACCCCAUUUUCUGAUUUCAAUCAAUCUCCAAGAAAUAUGUACCAGUGUCAAAUGGGUAAACAAACUAUGGGUACCCCUGGUGUCGCUUUAUGCCAUCGUUCUGAUAAUAAGCUAUAUCGACUACAAACUGGCCAAACCCCGAUCGUGAAAGCCAGCCUUUACGAUGACUACGGCAUGGACAACUUCCCUAACGGUACAAAUGCGGUUGUAGCAGUCAUUUCAUACACAGGUUACGAUAUGGAUGAUGCGAUGAUUGUCAACAAAUCAGCAGAUGAAAGAGGGUUCGGCUACGGUACUAUGUAUAAGGUUGAAAAAGUUGACCUGUCACUGAAUAGAAGUCGCGGUGACCCCGUAACCCAACACUUCGGCUUCGGUGAUGAUGAGUGGCCAAAAGGAUGGUUAGAUAAGCUAGAUGAGGAUGGGCUGCCAAUGAUUGGCUCCUAUGUCGAAGAAGGAGACCCCAUCUGUGCAUACUUCGAUGACACGCUGAACAAAACUAAAAUCAAAACCUAUCAUUCAUCUGAGCCCGCCUACAUCGAAGAAGUCAAUCUGAUCGGCGACGAAUCCAGCAAAUUCCAGGAAUUGCAAUCCAUUUCUAUCAAAUAUCGCAUAAGGAGAACGCCGCAAAUCGGUGACAAGUUCUCUUCCAGACACGGCCAGAAAGGUGUGUGUUCCAGAAAAUGGCCUACCGUUGACAUGCCCUUCAGCGAAUCAGGUAUCCAGCCAGACGUUAUCAUUAAUCCACAUGCUUUCCCUUCUCGUAUGACUAUUGGUAUGUUUGUCGAAUCUCUGGCAGGUAAGGCAGGCGCGCUGCACGGUACUGCACACGACUCGACGCCAUGGACUUUCUCUGAGCAAAACACACCUGCAGACUACUUUGGUGAACAGCUCAAGCAAGCUGGUUACAACUACCACGGAAACGAACCUAUGUAUUCGGGUGCCACUGGUGAAGAGCUUAGAGUUGAUAUCUACAUCGGUGUCGUGUACUACCAAAGGCUUCGUCACAUGGUGAACGAUAAAUUCCAAGUUCGUUCUACCGGUCCUGUCAAUAGUUUGACAAUGCAACCAGUCAAGGGUAGAAAGCGCCACGGUGGUAUUCGUGUUGGGGAGAUGGAAAGGGAUGCACUCAUUGGCCACGGUACUUCAUUCUUAUUACAAGACCGUUUGCUCAACUGCUCGGAUUACACGCAAACUGCUGUCUGCCGAGAGUGCGGUGCUUUAUUGACCACUCAAUACAGCGUCCCUCGCAUCGGGUCCCUUGCUACAGUGCGUUGUCGUCGUUGUGCUCUCAAAUUUGAUGAUGCCAAAAAAUUGCUGGCCCAGCACCAAGGCGACGACCAAAUAUUCAUUGACGACGCCCAUAUCUGGGAGGACGGGCAAGGAAACAAAUUUGUGGGUGGUGGCGAUACUACUACGGUGGCUAUUCCAUUUGUUUUGAAAUAUUUGGACUCUGAACUCGCUGCCAUGGGUAUCAACUUGCGUUUCAAUGUUGAACCUAAAUGA